AUGGCGGCUCCCGGCCCUGCUCAGGCCUCACUGUGAUCUCUGAAGUGCUGAACAAUCUGCUCUGGGGCUUCCCAGGCUUCUCAGGAGAUCACUGAACUUACCUGCCUCCGCGAUUUAAGUUUGACCCAGGCUUUGCUCCUCUGUAGACGCUCUCCUAGCCACCGCUGUCAGUCCCUGGAGCAAUCUGCUUUUCUCCAAGGCCAAGAACAGAAUUCUGUUUUAGUGAUUUGAGAAUGGCCGGGUAUUCGCCACUCCGUGCUACGCUCUACUCCUUUUGUGCGCAUCGUGUCACGUUGUGCUUAGAGACCCCGCUGAAAUGACAUUAUUUCCAGGCCUGAGGCAGAGAGACUGAAGUUAUUCUGAAAGUUUUCCAGACUACUGACCCUUGGAUAACAGUGCACUUGUAUGAAACCAUGGCUGGUUAUAAACCUGUAGCGAUUCAAACAUAUCCUGUACUUGGUGAGAAAAUCACCCAAGACACUCUGUACUGGAACAACUAUAAGACCCCUGUUCAGAUUAAGGAGUUCGGUGCAGUGUCCAAAGUAGACUUUUCUCCUCAGCCUCCAUAUAACUAUGCGGUCACAGCUUCUUCAAGAAUCCACAUUUAUGGCAGGUACUCUCAAGAACCUGUAAAAACCUUUUCCCGUUUUAAGGACACAGCGUACUGUGCUACUUUUCGACAGGAUGGUCAGUUGCUUGUGGCUGGCAGUGAAGAUGGUGUAGUUCAACUUUUUGAUAUAAGUGGGCGGGCUCCCCUCAGGCAGUUUGAAGGCCACACAAAAGCAGUUCAUACUGUAGACUUUACAGCUGACAAAUAUCAUGUGGUCUCUGGAGCUGAUGACUAUACAGUUAAGUUAUGGGAUAUUCCAAACUCCAAAGAAAUUCUGACAUUCAAAGAACAUUCUGAUUACGUGAGGUGUGGCUGUGCUAGCAAACUGAACCCAGACCUUUUUGUAACAGGAUCAUAUGAUCAUACUGUGAAGAUGUUUGAUGCCCGGACAAAUAAAAAUGUUCUCUGUGUGGAGCACGGGCAGCCUGUGGAGAGCGUCCUCCUUUUCCCUUCCGGAGGGCUUCUGGUGUCCGCAGGAGGCCGCUAUGUUAAGGUCUGGGACAUGUUAAAAGGAGGACAGCUGCUUGUGUCUUUGAAAAAUCAUCACAAGACUGUGACAUGUUUGUGUCUGAGCAGCUCUGGACAGCGGUUACUCUCCGGCUCACUGGAUAGGAAAGUUAAAGUCUACAGCACCACUUCCUACAAAGUCGUGCACAGCUUUGACUACGCAGCUUCAAUCUUGAGCCUUGCACUUUCGCAUCAAGAUGAAACGAUAGUUGUAGGAAUGACCAAUGGAAUACUGAGUGUUAAACACCGGAAGUCUGAAGCAAAGAAGGAGUCUCUCCCGAGGAGAAGGAGGCCUGCAUAUCGAACCUUUAUCAAGGGAAAAAUUUACAUGAAGCAAAGGGAUGACAUCAUGGUCAAUAGGCCAGUAAAGAAGCACCUGGAAUGGUAUGACAGGGAUCUGAAAAGUUUUCGGAUCUCAAAGGCCCUCGACAGAGUCCUUGAGCCUAACUGUGUGAUAAAGACCCCCGAGGUUACAGUUUCCAUCAUAAAGGAACUGAAUCGGAGAGGCGUCCUUGCCAACGCUCUGGCAGGUCGGGACGAGAAGGAGAUUACCCGGGUCCUUAACUUUUUGAUCAGGAAUCUGUCUCAGCCGAGGUUUGCCCCUGUUUUGAUUAAUGCUGCUGAAAUCAUCAUUGAUAUAUAUUUACCCGUGAUUGGCCAGUCAUCAGUAGUUGAUAAAAAGUUUAUAGUACUUCAAGGACUUGUAGAAAAAGAAAUUGAUUACCAAAGAGAACUCCUAGAGACCUUGGGGAUGAUGGACAUGCUGUUUGCUACCAUGACACAGGAUGGCAGCGCACCUGUGUCGGAGCAUGUGCCUGCUGAACUCCCAGAGGAGAAGACAGAGUCACCAACGCAGCCCAGUGACACGGACAAGAACUCCUAACCAGGCAUUGCUUGACUCUAUUAAUUAUGGAGAAGAAAGCAGCUUCAAUAUCCUCAAAAAGAUAAUUGACAGAAGUUUUAUGGAAGAGACUGGAUUAAUUAAAGUUGGGACAUAAGUACCUGUUUCAAGAUGUGGUUUUCCAUGUAUUGACUUGAUUUAUUUUGUAUCACCUUCAGCUAGAUCUUAGUUGUCUUGGUCACAGUGUCUGCCGACCUCAGAUGAGUUGAUACUGACCUUUAAUGGAACCAAAAUCUCAGUUGCUGUGGGGCCUCGCGGCCCUCUGGAGGUUUCCAAACGGAUGGAGUCCCACCAAGUGAACGGAACCUUGGCUUUGUCGUUUUCUGCUUCUAGCCUGGGAAAUAUCAAGAACAUACAGCAACAACAAAACACCCUUCUCUGUCCUCAGUGCCGGGAGCUUCCUGUCCCUCUUGCUGGUAUCUUCGACGUCUUGAGUCAUGUGCUUUCAUCAGCUGCUUGUGGGACUGUCUUCCAAGUGUGCCAUAUCACUGAAUAUUGCCCAUGGAAGUGUUUAGGAUGUGAUGAGUCUGUUUUGUCACCUACAAAUUGUGCCCGCCACCAGUGUUUUCUUUAGCCUUUCCUGUCCAGAGAGAUCGGACUGCACUGACUCCAGCUCCUCAGCCUGCUGCCUUCCUGCCUUCCUCAUUGCUUCAGCUGUCCUGUCGUACAGGGGAGUGUAUCCUGUAUGUGUAACCCUCUAUAACGAGUCUCUUAUCUGUACUUAACACUUCUUUUUCUCUGCUCUUCAUUUUGUGGGGCACACUCAAAACAUCAGCAGUUUGCUUUGAAAAUUUAUGUUUCUGAAAGUUCAUUGUAAAUUAUAUUUUUUUAUAAAGAGAUUUUUUUUCUUCUUGGCUUUCCGAGGUGUAUCAAUUCCUGAUGGACAGUCAGUGGCUUUGCCCAGCAUGCUGACCGCAUAGCUGUUACUUCCCUGCCUAACUUCAGUGACCCCACUUAGGUUAACAAGUAUCUGGUGAGGCAUCUUGAGCUGAAGAGAUCCUUGAGGAAAGAUUUGUAAUGAUUUUGCCUCAUAAUCUCAGUUUUAUAAAUUUAGGGUUUUUCUUCUUCUUCUUCCUCUUCUUUUUUUGCCCAAGACAGGGUUUCUCUGUGUAGCUUUGCCUGUCUUGGAAGUCACUGUGACCAGAUGGGCUAUGAACUCAGAGAUCCGCCUGCCUUUGCAAGUGCAGGAAUUAAAGGUGUGCACCACCACCCGACUAAAUUUAAGUUUUCUUAAAGCACAAGAAUAUACAUUUAGAAUGUCCUGGUGUGGGCACAUGCUCAACUAGGGUACAGUGUCCUUUCGUGAGCAGUUCUUCAGGACAGUGGCUCCUAAGAAGCCCGGGUUUGCUUCUCUGAGUAGUUACAACAUUAGUCAAAAUGAGAGUUUGCUUUCAGUUGAGAAGGUUGAUUUACUUAAAACCAUUUCAGUAACUUGGUAGGUGUGCACAGAGUUUACGCUAGCAGUUGUGAGUGUGCUGGAAGCUGUAGCUGCCGUCUCCUCUGCACCUCUGCAGUUUCUUGCCCCUCUUGCCCUUAAUUCUCUUCAUAACUAUCCAAGGGCUGAAUCGUUCUCUUAGAACAUUGAAUUAAUUAAAAUUACUCAACUCCCCCAAGCUGGUGUCCUUAUCAUUCCUGCACUGGGCGGCCCGUGAGGGCCCUAACUACUCAUUCAUUCCCUCUGACAAACUUGAGAGUGCUGUGGCUCCUGUAAAACAUGUAUAGCAAUUACAGCCCCUUCAAAGGGCCAGGGAGCAUAGCCCAGAGUCCUCAGUACAAGGACGUUCAGGAGUUGGGUUUUGUUUUUUAAAGACAGGCUUCCUCAGGUAACCCUGACUGUUCUGGAACUCACUAUGUAGACCAGGCUGGCUGGCCUCCAACUCACAGAGAUCCACAUGCCUCCCAGCCUUCCAAGCACUGGGAACUAAAGGUAUGCACCACCACUGCUCAGGAGUUGUUUUUAUAGUCCCUGAAACUAUUACUUGCUAUGUGAAGGGUUUUAACAUAAUGACAUGUUUCAAUAUGUAACAUUGGCCUUAAGAGUCAAAUGCCUAAUCGAUUUUUAGACUUGUGAUUUUUUUUUUUAGUUGGGAAGUAUUUUGUAUUUUAUGCAAAAAUAAUGAAUUGUUGCUGAGAACUAGUCAUUUAUGUUUAAUUUAUUAUGUUAAUUCAGAUUUCAACAUAUGGAAAGGACUGCUUGUUUCCAGUCAAAAUUUUUUAAAUGUCUGUGCUAUUAAAUUGCUGAAGCAUCUGAUGUCAAGUGGAACCAUUAGAAACUCUGUUGAUUGAACUUAAAUGAAUUCUGCCAAAUGUUAAUUAAAGUCUCCCUUGAAUGUGAUUAUUUAAAUGAGGUAGUUUCUCAGUGGGAUACUUCCAAGGUAAAAAAAAAAUUUUAAAGUAUGAAUAUGUUUAACUUUAACAAGUUAAUGAAUAGUUAACUACAUGAAUAGUUUUUAUCUUUGAAGUACCUCCAAGAAGCUGGAAAACAUGCUGGCACGUGGUGUUACAAUAAAUGCGUAUCUGUUCUCAGGCCACAGUUGCCUGGGUUAGGGCUGGUACAGCUAUGUAUACCUAUGGCUUGGGCUAUGGUCUACAAAUCUGAAUGUACAAUGAAACUGUUCAUGGAGGGCAACGUUCUCAGCUUGUUGGUCUGACCCCUUUAGCAAACCUCUAUCUCCAAAAACAUUUACAUUAUAAUUCAUAACAGUAGCAAAACUGCAAUUAUGAAGUAGCAAUGAAAAUAAUUUUAUGGUCAAGGGUCACCACAACAGGAGGAGCUGUGUUAAAGGACUGAAGUGUUUGGAAGACUGAGGACCACUGCUCUAGGGAGCCUGGGGAUGCUAUGUUGAGGUCUUCAGCAGACAGAGCUGGUUUCCAGAACACACCUUAACAUACAGAAAAUAAAGCCAAUGAUGGUCAUGCCUUA